AAAAGGAAAAAAAAAAAAAAAAAGAAAUCCUUAUCAAACACCCCCGACAUCCAGUCCGGCUAGUGUUUGGGUUUCAUACAUUCUUUCAGGCCUGUCCAACGAUCUACAUCCUCGCGCAUGGAAAAUCGUUUUUUGCUUUUUCACAAUCAGCUCCACGCGCUGCCCGCCCCAUCGCACUAUUUAAUGAACGCCCAGCUCUCGUGCUCAUCGGCGAGAAUUCAUACAUCGCAGGACGUCGAUCUGCUUGGUCAAAGCGUCCCGAGGUCAACCCUACGGUCGCUCGUCUCGAACCAGCAGGGAGUCGUCGUGCCGGCCAUGAUUCUUUUCGUCGAACAUCUAUCUCCAAUAUUUUCAUUGACGACUUGAACGGAUGACCAAAUCGAAUUCCCUCGAGCUCCCCGUCGGGGCUCGACUCGUCUACCUGGCGGAGGGCGGCGCCAACAUCAUUUACCGCAUCGUGGCGCCACUCGCGAACGGAACCUACGGGCCCAAGAAUGGGAUCUCGGGGAGGGGGCACGUGGCCGGCGCCUUCGAGUCGCAUGCUGUCCCGAAGGAGUUGAGGGGAAAGCUGCUGCGUCUCCGAAAGGACACCCCGUCCGGGGUUCCGUACCAGGAGAUCUCCCGGAAUUUCGAUCGCAACAUUCGGCCUCUUUUUAAAUCGGAGGAGCUCGUGGACCAGGAGCUGAUCCGCCUUCCCCUAGGCUUGGUUUCGUGGUGCAACGAGCAGCUACGUCUCGCGGAGGUGAACGGCCGACGACCGAAACGACGCCAUGGGGUGUAUCUUUCCCUUAACGAGCCCUUUGGGCUGCUGGUCACAGAUAUGACGCCGUUCGGCGACCCGCGGACGGUGCUGGCCGAGUUCAAACCCAAGUGGCUACUACAGUCGCCAACGGCGCCGGGAAAUGCGCGCCGGUGUCGCACCUGCGCGUUGCGGGAACUCAAAAACCACGACGAUCGGAGACGCGGGGGCCAAGAUGAACCCUCCUUCUGCCCGCUCGACUUGAUCUCCGACAAGUUCGAAAAUGUCCUCCGGGCCACCCGGUUCAUCAAAGGCUGCAAAGACCAACGGCGCCUGGCACGGAUCCUACACCGAAACCACACGCUACACAGACUCGUGGCGCACCAAGUCGCCAUGGGCGAUGUGGGACUCCACGGUCCCGCCGCGCACUCCCGGGACAAAUCCCUCGCCAUGACCCUGCGGGACUGCACCAUGUUCAUCAAGAUGUCACGGGACGAAGACGGUCCUGUCGAAGUGCGACUGGGAGAUUUAGAUUUGAAGACGGGAGCCGGCGGGAAAGCCAAGUACUGGCAAGAUCUGGAACGGCAACUGAUUGGCGAUGGAUGGUACAUGGGGCAUCACAGCGGGAUGCAUGCCAGCGAAUGCGCAUUGCAAGGGCCGCGAGGAUGUCCCCAGCCAUCGAUAUAGACUUUUAUUUCUUUUUUUCUCCUUCAUUUCUCCCUCUUCUUUUCCCUUCUUCUCUCCUUCUUCCCUCUUUAUCCUUCUUCUUCUUCCUCUGACUUUUUCUUACACCUCUUUUUAUUUCCCCCCUUUUUCCUCUAUAUUUUUUAUUCGAUAUAUACCUACCCUUCAUCGGAAUGUUUCCGCGUCCGUGCGACUUACGAGGCUAAACGGCAUGGCGAAUGGGAUUCGGCAGCCCCAUUCCUUGGAUGCACGUGGCCCUUGCACUGGUCUCCUAUUUUCUCUUCUCACUUCUCUCUUCUCUUUUCUUAUUUUCCUCGGUCAUGGUUGGUGGGUUCUGUUUCAGCGUGGCAAUCGGAUAUCCCUAGCAUUGUGGUUCUGGUUACGGUAUGGAGUUCGGUUUGGACGGUCUACAUGAGGACUUGUCAAGUUCAUUCUAGCAUACCCAUUAUACUUAGUGUUUACAAUAUUAUUCCACGAGCAUUGAUUCUCA